AUGACACGUAUAUAUAAGAAAAAGAAAUUUAAUACUAGGGCCGCUAAAAUCGAUCCUUUACAAAGUCUGGUCGAAUUUUAUCAAAAACGAGUCGACUUUCUCGAACGUGAAAGAAAACGGUUUAUAAAGUUUUUCAAAGAUAACAAUAUACAAGGAGAUGAUUUGACUACUAGAUUAGCAAAUUUACAAAUUUUAAUAGAUGAAGGCGAAAACAACAAAGCAAGAAUUAUAGAGCUUCAAAAUGAUCUUUAUAAACGUGAUGCCGAAAUCAACCGUCUAACAAAAGAAAAGGAUAACUUCGAAAAACGAUGUAAAGAUUUGGAGGUCGAGAAUAACCGUUUAAACCAAACAAUUGAAGAAAUGAAGGUGGAUGCGGAGCGUACAGAAAGACUACACAGACAAGCCAUAGAAAGAGCAAGAGUAAAUAAUCGUAAUCUUUAUGAACAACAACUAGCUUAUAGCAGGCAAAUAAAUGGUCAAG